AUGUCCGCCCCCUCGAUAUCCGCCGCGCAGGCUAUCGGUGAGUACCUCCAGUCCCCCGACGACCUCAUGAAAAUUGCGGCGUUCCGCAAGAAACUGGAGAAGGAGAAGGCUUCGAUUGACACCCGGCUGAAGAGUGGUGUCAAGGAACAGCUGGACUCAACGAGGGAGAGCCUGCGAAAACUAUUCGGCACGAGAGAUAAUGUGCAGGCCAUCAAGGACGAGAUGGAGACCGUCGACCGUCUGUGCAGUGACCCUCAGAACAACGUUGCGACGUUUGACCAGAUCAGUCGAGUAUCUAUGGUACAUCGUAAUUUCGAGCAAACCGAGGAAAUUGUCAAUAAUCUCGUUCAGAUGAACUCGAAGCUAGAUCUGCUAGAGGACAAACUGUCUGCUGAUUCAAAUGACAUAUACGGCUCUGCUCCCAACCUACUCUACAUUCACUACCAAAUUAACCAACUGGAGGGUUUUCGAAACCAGACUCUGCAUCAAGCGAAGAAGGCGUCUGGGCCGUCUCGCGCCACGUUGCAUCGGAUGUUCGAGCGCCUCAACGGGCUCAUCGAGGCAUUCGAUGAGCAUAUUAUGGAACUGGCGCGGAACGUCCUUCCUAUCAUUCGGGCAGGCCACCCCGAAGUUAUCGUGAAACUUGUCAAGAUAGCUGAGAUAGAGGGGAGAGAGGAUGAAAAGGCUAUUGCUAUCCGUCUCGUGAAAAAAGCUGCCAAAAUGGACGCCGCGUCAAAGUUCAAAUCCAUGCAGGCUAACGCUCGUAUCAUCAAGCACUAUCGUUCCAAGAUCACGAAAAACAUCACGGAUUCGAUCAAGGGAAAAUUCGAUGAAGCGUAUACGCGCGAUGAGAACGACCCAAACGCAUUUCUCGAAGGUCUAGGGUGGAUAUACCAGGACAUCAUCCGCGUGGAAAGCGACGUUGUCCCGUGUUUCCCUCCUGACUGGGACAUCUACUCCCACUUCGUUCGCGAAUACCACAAAGCGCUCAACGCUACCGUCCAACGCCUUGUAGCCUCCGAACCCGAGGCAAGCGCGCUCCUCGUCCUACACGCUUGGCUCAAGGAGUACAAGAAGAGCAUGAAAGAGCUCGAGAUUCCUCCCGAGUUACUAGAGCCGCCGAUAUUGGACGGCAAGGAACAAUCGUUGAUCGAGAAUUACCUUGCACUCAUCGUCAAGAAGCUGGACGAGUGGACUGCCAAUCUCAUGAAAACAGAAGUUGAGGAAUUCACAACGCGCGCCGAACCUCCCGAGCUGGACUCAGAUGGGCUAUACGGAACGCAAGGGGCAGUCAUCCUCUUCCAGAUGGUCAACCAGCAAGUGGACGCGGCCACGGAGAGCGGGCAGGGCGUUAUUCUCGCUCGGGUUAUCACGGAAGUCAACCGGGUCAUGCGGGGUAUCCAAGACCAGUGGACGAAACUCAUUGAGGCCGAAUACAAAAAGCACACGGAGAAACCGGAGGAGGUUCCCGGUGGCCUUGUCGAGUAUAUUAUUGCUCUGGCGAACGAUCAGAUCAAGUCUGCUGACUAUGCAGAGGCGCUCUCUGCUCGAAUCGAGCCUCUGGUGUCAGAAAAAUACCGAGUCACGAUCAACGAGCGACUGAACGAUGCCAUUGAUGGCUAUCUCGAUGUCGCGAAGAAAUGUACUCAAACACUCAUCGAUAUCAUCUUCAACGACCUCAAGCCCGCGUCGAAACAACUAUUCCAGGCUACCUGGUACGACGGCAUCACGCGGCAAAUCGUGGAGACGAUGCGGGACUAUAUGACGGACUAUCAGACCUACCUCAAUUCGUCGCUCCUCGAGCUCCUCGUCGAAGACCUCCUCGAUACAUUCUUGGUGUCUUAUCUGACAGCACUCGCUAACACACCAAAACUAAAGAUACCUGCGGCGACGAACCGGAUCAAAGAGGACGUCAGCGAAGCAUUUUCGUUCUUCAGCACGCUCAAGCCUGCAAAGGAACUCGAGUCGUAUUUUGAAGUCGUAGAGAUGAUCCUGGCUUUGCUCGAAGCCUCGAAGAGCCUGGUCUUCCUAUCGUUCUGGUCGUUCGCGAAAGUGCACGGACCAAACAUCGCCUUCGUAGAGGGCCUGAUGAAGGCUCGCGGUGAUCUAGAUCGGUCGGCGGUUGGGGAGGUGAUGGACAGCAUCAAGCGCAAGGUCAAGGAUGAAAAUCUGACCGAUCCUGAGGAACCAACCAUCAUGAAGAAGAUCGCCAUUCAAAGCACGUUCUCUCGAUUCCUCCGCACAGCAUCAUAA